CUUCUUCGGCCUUCCUGGAAAAAGACGGGAGAGCAACGGGUUGGGUCUGUCGAUUCAGAAGGGGGGGCAUGGCUCUGGUCAGAUUGGCGUUUCCCGUCUUCUUCCUCCUCGCCGCGGCGGAGUUCGCGGCGGCGACGCGGUCGCCGUCGGCUUUCGUCCAGAACGCCAUCUACUCCAACCGCAUCACCAUCUUCUCCAAGACCUACUGCCCCCACUCCAUGCGUGCUAAGCGUAUAUUUCGAGAUCUCAAGGAAGACCCAUAUGUUGUUGAACUAGAUACCCGAGAGGAUGGGCGUGACAUUCAAAAUGUUCUCCUGGACCUAGUUGGGCGUCGUACUGUGCCACAGGUGUUUGUCAAUGGCCAGCAUGUUGGUGGCGCGGACGAUACAGUAAAUGCACUUUCAAAUGGACAGCUCGAGAAACUUCUUGGGAAGAGUCAGUCACAAUGAUGGAUCACUGGACAAGCUUGCACUGUCAAGAACACGUGAGUAUAUGUAUGGGAGGGGUGUUCUUUUCUGUUUAGGGCUGACAGAAUGUGUGAGCAUGGUAGUGUUGCGACAACCAUCUGUACUGCUGGAUUUGUGUGAUCUCUUCAAUUGCAUAUAAUUUCUACUUACCCAUCUAUGUCUUAUGAAUGGAAUUUGGUUGGUUUACCUUGUUCAGUAUUGAAAUUAGUAUAGGUAGGUCAAUGAACUACUAGUUGUAUACUUGUACAGUAUAUUCGAACUAGGUAUCAUCAGUAACA